AUGGAGAGCGAACCGUCAGCAGUUCGUCUUAGACGAAAACUCACUGAACUAUCCAGUGAAUAUUCAACUGAAAAACAAGUUCAUACACGCAGUAAAUCAGCUAAUAGUCGAGCUCCAACAUCAGAUCCAAAUGGUAGUCUUCGCUAUCGACGAAUGAGACGAAAAGUUGAUGCACUUCGUACACAAAUAGAUGCGGCCUUACAUGAUAAUUAUCUUACAACAUCAGCAUUAAAUUCUCCUACGGAUAUGAUUCCAACACGUGAUGAUGAUUCAACAUUAAAGAAGAAGAACGAUGAACAAAACCUUGUUACAAGUGAACUUAUUCAAGUGCUCAAUAGUAAACAAACAAAAAUCGAUGAACUGGAACAACAAUUGAAGGGCAUCGAACAACAAGAAUCGCAAUGGAAGACAAAAUACGAACGAGAAUGUCGUCGACGUGAAAUUGUACAACAAAAAUUAAUUGAACUUGAGAAAGAAUUACAAAAUAGACAACGACAAUCAAAACUUCUUUUUCAACUUCAAACUGAUAUCGAACAACUUCAUUUAGCUUUUAAUGCUCUAGAAACUGAAAAUUCUCAACUCAAUGCUGAAUUAUCUUUUUUUCGUACUAAUCGUCCUCAAUCCACUCGUCUUUCAUCUCAAAUAGAUCAAUUUCGACAUGAAAUAGGACAAACAUGUCAUGAAUCGAUGUGUUAA